UGCAAAACUAUAUAAUUCCAGGGUGAAAGCAAUGACGGAGCCUCUACAGCGCCAUCUAGCCAAAGCAGCAGUAUGCAAGAGCUGGGUACAGCCGAGGAGAAGGGACUACGAUCGUCAUUCAGGGUAAUUCCGGAACAAGCUUUUGUACACGUGGACGAGGAUGUAACGGACAAUGAGGCAAAAGACAAAGUAAAAGUAGAUAAAGUACCAGUUUAUACAAUACCUAGCGACAGGGAAGCAAUAACUCCAGACAUGACUGAAAAUGGUGGAUCUAGGGUGAUCUUCACAAAUGGAGGAAUGCAUAGUAUAAAUAUUUCCCAAAUUCAGAAGAAUUACGACUCAAGGACCAGUGAUAUGACACGUUCAAUGAGAGGUGAAAUAAGAAAGCACGACAGACAUAAUGUCACAGAUCAUAUUCUUAGUGAGAUUAUAGAGAAACCAUCUCCAGAACAGACCGACCCAAAAGAAGACAAAGUUCUCUUUGCACCCAAGUUGAUACUGUUUAUACUGAUAAUUGCAAUAUUUGUUGGAGGAGUGUUUGUAUUUGUUUAUUUUCUUAAAGAAGACAAGCCCGGAGAACAGAGAGGUCGGGUAAUUGUCGACGAAACGGAAGAAAUAGAAGAGAUCUACAAAAGUAUUUGUCCAGAGGUGUAUGUAAAAUUGAGGGACAUCAUUCAUUUCAACUGUAGUUUAAAAAUGGCAAAUUACAACAAAGAAAAACUUAAUGAAGUAUAUAUAAAACCGCCACUGUAUUUGUAUGAAGGGAAACCAUUUGUUGUACAAGUUCAGGACAAGGAAGUAGAGAACGCUACAUGGUCAGCUUAUUUUGACGUACAUGCCAAUCAUUACAUACUGAGGGUGAGGGGACCCGAGGCUACAUGCAGCACUGGAGGAGAAUAUCAAAUUGGGUUUCGAGAUACCAAAAAAUCAACGAAAUACGAUACGACAUUGCAUAUAUCUGUAAAAAGCGAGGUGUUACGAGUAAAUGUUUCAUUGACACAAAAUACGGAAAACAACGAUACGGACUUUACCCUUGGUUGUUCAACAAAUUCUGGAUGCGAGCAGUCGUUUGUUGAUUUCUUUGCAGAAAUAAACAAAGAGGAACAGUUUCUUAAAGGAGUAAAUUUUUCAUGCAUCAUAAAUUACAAUGACUAUGAUGGCUAUAGCGUGUCUUGUAUGGGUAACAUACCAGAUUAUUUGAUGGCCCAGUUCGAGAGGAUCACGUGUCGUCCAAGAUCAUCACUCCUAGAUGACUUUGACAAGGAUAAAUUAAAAGAGCUAGAAGUAGAAAUUGAAUUACCAGAAUGUGAUCUUACUAAACAUUGUGGCUAUGAGUGUACAGACGACCUAGAUUAUUAUGUUGUUAGCAGGGAAAGAUGUGACAUUUUCCAUCGUUGUUACAAACGAAAAGUAUUUACCUCAUACUGCGCACCGGGAACAUUUUUCGAUCCUCACGGCGGUUUCUGCGCAUGUCGUCAUACGGUUGACCUACAGUGGUGUCAACAAAAUGGCGCGUUAAAGCCUGGCUCUGAUGCAACAGAUUUUAAAUGUUCUGGCGACGAAUAAAAACACUGAUGCAGUUUUAAAUUUUCAAAUGAAAUUUAUCAUUCAUAUGAACAACAUAUUGUGUAAAAAAUCACAAGUAUUUUCUGGAUAAUGCAUAAUCAUUGUGGCAUCCGUAGAGAAGUCUAAUUUAUAAUGUAAAUUUGAUAGUUCUGGAAAAAAAACCCAUUAUACUUUGUUACUUAAAAUAGAGGUAUAUUUCCAAAAGCGAACAACAAAAAAUAAUGUGUACAUUAAAAUCAAAGCAUAUGUUAAAAACAAUACAAUCAAUGUAAUUGGGAAUGGAUAAGAACAGAAAUUUAAAACAAAAUACCUCAAUAAACAAUAUGUCCGGACAAAACUUGUUAAGACAUUUAUGGACUCUUUUUUCAAAACGAGAUAAAAUAAGGUCUAAUGAUCUCCGCAAGAAUUAUUCGCAUAUUUUACUAGAUUGCUAGUUGUCUUCAUUUUUUAUUAUACUUCAUCUCAGAUUCCUGAAAGUGGCAACACACUUUAAUUCUCGUUCGUGUUCCUAACCUGUUUUCAUUUGUUUAAAUGUUAUUUAAUAGAAAGCUGUUUAUCCGCAAACACAUAUACCUCACGUGAAUUUGCCUAUUUACAUUGCCAUUUAUGUGUUAUUCGCCUAUUUGUAAAAUUUCCAUGUGACUUUAUUCUUACACCUCACGAGGGUCUUAGAUUAGACUGGUGUUACAGAAUUAAAGAGUUUGUGUCUGACGAAAUACCUUUUGGAAGUCAAAUAGAAGGUUAUUAAAAAUUGUUUGACAAAAGGCAAUUCCGUCGUUAAUAAAAAUACUUUGAACUAUGAUUAUUAUAUUUAUGUAACAUAGAGGAUAUUUGUUUGUUUGUGUGUAAGAUGAAAUUUUAUUUCAUCGAGUGGUCUUUAAAAACACUUUAAAUACUCGUGAGAAUACUUUUUUUAAAGUUCACGAGAUGAAAUAAAAUUACAUCUUACACAACAAACAAACAAAUUUUCUUUUUAUUUUAUGCUUGAAAAAAGUUAAAACGAAAUUUCCUUGAUAUUAACUUCAUUAUUAAAAUCUGUUUUCCCCACUGGUAACCUAUAUUAUGUACAUGCAUUGGUCGAAUUUC